CAUCGACAGAUCCCAUCGACAGCCAGGACCUCCCCAUUCGUUCUCUUCCCUUUGCUCCCUCCUUACUCCUCCCUACUCUGAAGGAGAGAAGAGGGUAGUGUGCGCGUGUGUGUACCGGAACGAAUGUCGCUCCUCGUCGAUGGCGACUAUGCCAUCUACCAGCUGCGUCUCGCCUAUCUGCGCCGCGUCGACGACCACUAUGGGCCCCGCGUGCUGUCCUUUGCCGACAUCACCGACCUGCCACCGACGGCGGCGGCCUCGUCAAGCAGUUCGGCUGCACCAGGCGGCAGUGGUGGUGUGCCCCGUCGCUCGUCGCACAUCUUUGGCGCCGGGCACCACGCAAACAACAGCAGUGCCUCGUCGAGCACGGGCAGCGCUGCGUCGGGCGCGGGACCGGGCCUAGGCGCCUUCUCCAACGGGCACGGAUACGGAUUCGGACACGCAAAUGGGAAUGGGAGUGGCGGAUAUGGCGUCAGCAAUGGUGGCAGUGGCAGUGGCAGUGGAGCAGGGGCGGGGGAGAGACGGAGCCCGGCGCUGACGACGCUGCCGCCCCUCGCGCCCGACAGCCACAUCGUCAUGGCCGGCCUCAACAGCGCGCGCUACCAGCCCGAGCUCGCCAACGUCUACUCGCCACUGCCCCACGCCGAUCUUCCGCCGGGCGCAGCGGCAGCUGCAGCAGCAGCUGCUGCUGCGGCUGCUAGUGGUUCCAGCUCUGCGUCUGCUUCGUCCUCCUCGGCUGCGGCGGCCAUGGGGCCAGGUGGUGCGAAUCAGACGGGCGUCUUUGGCCCCCAUCGUCUCGGAGGCGCUGAGCAGGCCGCUGCCAAAGGAGACAGCAAGAAUGCCGGCGGCCUGCGGUACACGACGACAAUCUAUGGGCCGGGCCGGACGGGCGCUAUGGGAAUGCGCGUGAGCGGGCGGCGCGCACCGAGCGAGGAGGGCCAGCAGCGUCGAUCGAAAGCAAGGGCCGGCUCGAUGCCCAAGCCUGCUGAGGAGGGCUCAGACGCCAAAGGGUUUGCUUUCCCACCGACGAUGGCUGCUGCUGGUGCUGGUGCUGGUGCUGGUGCUGCACCCAGCACCAGCGAAGGCGACAGUGGCAGCAGCAGCAGCAUGCAGAUCCCUGCGCUAGCAGUACAGGGAUCCACCUACGACAGCUCCUUCGACGCCGACCCGAUGCGUGAUGCCGUUCCAGGCGAUUCAAAGUCUACCCUCGCUACGUCCACCGCGCCCAAGGGGACACCGAAAGUGCCGCGGCGCAGGAGCAGCAGCCACCCGCAGAAGAUCUCGUCUGCUGUGGGGACUGCGCUCGAGAGGACCGAGGAGGAGCGCGUGCCAAAGUCGUCGGAUGCUUCCACUGUCCAGGCCGAUUUGCUGCAGAAACAGCAACAGCAGCAGCCAGGGCUUCAGACACCAAAGACGGCGAGGCAGCACAAGUUUGACUGGCUCGACAGAACGCCACCACCGACGAGACCGGCACGGAGCGUUCGACGGGCGUCGAGCGUGCGGGAGAACCUCUCGUCUGCUGGUGGUGCUGCAGACGACGACGAUGGCGUGCCGAGAGGAGGUCCGAAGACGCUGGAACGAAGCAAGAGCAUCUCAGAUGUCGGCCGCGCUCGUCGGUCCACGGUCGACGACGAUCUGGGAAUCGGCUCGUCGACACUGCAAGGGCAAAUAGGAGAAGAAGGGGAGGAAGGGGAAGAAGAGAAGCGCAGGAGAAGCGACGCAUUCAAGAGGCACCUCGAGCAGCAGCGCGAUAGUGUUGGAAGCGACGGCACCGCGAGAGAAGCAGCGCCUUCCUCGUCUUCGAGGAGGGGCACCCUGACGUCCGAAGGGAGGUCUUCAUCGUACGACUUCGACACCUACUCGGAGAGGGGUCCAUCAGAGAUGGGCAGGACCGAGAGCAACUCAACCAUCUUCUCGCUCGCCUCGCCGCCGCAGACGAGGCCGAGGGCGCUGUCGGAUCGGCGAGCGAACGAAACGCUGCACCGGUCGAAGACCUUUGGUCCUCUGCACGAGGUCGACGAGACCGCUGUCGGUGGCGGCGCAGCUGCCGGAGCAGGGAGGGGUGCUGGUGGCUUCUCGUUCGACGGCGCGAUGCCUUCGUCAGCUGCCCAGACAAUGCCCGUGCGAGGAAACCUGUACGGACAGAGCGAGUCGAGCAUCAGCCCACUGUCUAAAGAAAAUCGACUGCUGUAUCCCCAUGACCAGGACGGUGGGGCCAGCAGCAUUGGCGACACGACUAGCUCGGCUGCGAGAUCAUUUGUGGAGGAGGAUGGCAGCACCGUGUCAAGCCUCGACAAGGACCAGCAGAGGGGGGUCAAUGCGGCCGGCAGCUCGAUGGCUGCUUCUUCGAUGGCUGCUGAGCGAGGACGGAGGAGAAGGAGAAGAGACGAAGGCGAGGAUGAGAAUGCGGAUGGGGACAACCAGGAGGAAGUCGAGGACAUCCAAGACGACAAGCCGCUCCUUCGCGCUGGAUCAUCGGCACGGGCAGAGGCCGACGCAGCGCCCAUUCGGACCGCCCUUGGGCUCGAGAUGGGCAACGGAGCCAUCGAUGGCGAGACCGACGAGCCAGCCGUUCCAGCCCUUCACCCACCCGGCCAAGCCAUCAGCUCGAGGGCAGUGACGCCAAAUGCACUGGAGGUGAUGAACCCUGCCUCGGCGGUAUCGAAGAAGCGGUCGAGGCGAGAACUAAAGAACGGCCACGCCAUCGAGUUGCAGAACCAGUGGUUUGCCUCGCUCAAGAAGCCCGUCGUGCCGGUGCGACGGCAGUCGGGUGGGGCAGGAGGCAACGUCUCUGCCCUCAGCGCCCUGCUGCGAACGAGGAGCGAUGGCCCCACCAAUGCAUUCACCCAGCUCUACAAGGGCGUCGCGGGCAGCAGCGUAUCGGGAGGAAGCAGCACAAACGUCGAGAUCUACUUCCCACUGGCCAAGAGCGGCAAUUCGACGUCUGCGCCCGGUGGAAAGACGAGAAGUGGAGCGCUGCAACUCAAUGGAAAGAAGCGCAGCAUGACGCUCAAUGUGCGUAGGGACGCCACGAUGGAGGAGCUCAUCGGAUACUCGCUCUACUGCUACGUCGAAGAAGGAUGGAAGCCAGCCUUGGACGAGGGACUAGCAGAGGAUGCUAGCGAGGAAGACCGCGGAGUCCGGCUCAGCUCUCUCGGCUGGACCCUGAGGAUUGUAGAGGACGGCGAGGUCGACGACGACUACCCCGCCAUCGAUCGCUCGCUUCAGGUGGGCAAGUUCGGCGCUGACGAGCUGGCAAUCUGCGAGGCCACACAGGCUCAGAUCAAGCAGCACCUUGCAUCGGUCGAUGACUAUCACAAGAGAGCCAGCAAUACGCAAUCGACGGUUCUAUACAACGUUCCACCGCCUCAGCAAGUCUUCAACCAGCAGCAGCAAUCGCUGAAGCCACCGACAGCCACGCCGGCAAAGGCGCCGGAGCUCGACCAGAGGCAAAUUCAGAAUCCCUCGACUAUGCCUCCUGGCCCCUCUGCACGACUGGCUGCCACGGCCGGCAACGCUCCAGCGGGCUCGCUCGUCUCGGUCCAGGGGACUCCCAUCUUCACCUCGUCUACCCUCUCGCGUUCCUCUGCCGCGGGACCCACUUCAGCCCCAAUCUUCUUGCGGGUGCUCAUCACACCAAACGACCAGGUCCGAUACAAGACGACGCUGCAGGUGCCUUCGGACAUGUAUCUUGCCGAUGUCCUCGAGACGAUCUGCAAGAAGCGCCAUCUGGCAGACGCAGAGCACUGGGCCCUCGUGGUGCCCGAUAGGGACGACACCGUCGUGCCCCUCGAUCGCACCGUCGAGUCCCUGCAGGGCAACCACGACCUAGCUCUCGUCAGACGAAGCACGCUGGAUCUGCCGCAGGGAGGCAGAGCAGUCCUGAAUGGCCAAAGCACGAAUCCGAACGCCUCGAUCUUCAAGCGACUCGGUGGGCCGGGCGCAGUCGACGAUGCAGGCCAGACGAAGCUGCUUCUGGAACAGUCUGGGCAGCAGGGUGCCCGACUGUACAACUCGACCAAGGACAUUACUUCGACAUACAAGUCCUAUACGGUCAACCGAAAGAUGCCAAGCUUUCUGGGCAGGCAUGAGCGCAUCCUCACCAUCGACGGCGACUGGCUGCACAUCAUGUGA